AUAAAAUAUACAUACGAUAUAUAAAAAAAAAGUAUAAAAUUCUAAAUGUUAGGACUAAAUAAAGGAUGGAUAGCAAUAGGAUUUGGAAACGGAAUGAUUUAAUCAGACAUAAUAACCUUUAGAUACAUAUAAAAUUUUGUUAAAACAGAAGACAGAUGGUCAGAAACUACAAUUAUUCCUAAACUGGAUAGUGAUAUUAUUGGAUGUGUAUCUACUUUAACUACUGUUGAUAAUGGAAAUAUAUAUGACCCAGCAACAGGAAAUUGGAAUGUAACUUUCACGAAAACUUUAGGUGGAAAUGCUUGCAACUAGACUUUUACAGAUAAAUCGAAAUUAGGUAUUUCUAUUGCUUUAGGAUAAGAAUUUGAAAUUUUAGAUAAGCAUUUAAAUGCUCAUAAUCAUAUGUUUGAAAUUAGUUCUGAAAAAUUAGAUGAUUAGAAUAAUUUUUCGAGACUUAUGGAAAUUGUAAAUAGUAUGUUUUUGUUUGGAUUAUUUUCAUUUAUUGUAUGAG